AUGCAAAAGUUGCGAUCGACAUUCGUGUUGGAUGUCCACGAUUACAUUGAGUUUGCACCAACUGUCAAAGCUGAUAUGAUCUUCCUCAUCCUGCCAGGAACAACUCCUUGCUUAGAAGCAAUCCGAGGUAGUAUCCCGAGAAAAUAUAGUAGUCUUCAGAAUUGGAGAAUCAAAACGGAGGAGCGUAUGCCGCCCGAAGUGGAGGAGGACCCCGUACUCCACAAAUACUGGCGCAAGAGGCACAUCCUCUUCCACAGGUUCGACGAAGGCAUCAAGUUGGACCGCGAGAGCUGGUUCAGCGUGACCCCGGAGAACGUGGCGAGCCACAUAGCGAACAAGUUCCGCUAUGAUGUUGUCUUGGACGCGUUCUGCGGUGCCGGCGGCAACACUAUACAGUUCGCACGAACGUCCAACAAAGUAAUCGCGGUCGACAUCGACCCAAGGAAAAUUGAAAUGGCCAAACAGAACGCCAAAAUUUAUGGAGUUCUGGAUAAAAUCCAGUUCAUUGUCGGCGACUUCUUCGAGUUGGCAUCGCAACUGAAGGCCGACAUGGUCUUCCUCAGUCCGCCGUGGGGAGGUCCAUCGUAUUCCAAACACACCCAAUUCGACAUUGAAACAAUGCUCGAACCAAGGCCAGCCUCGGAGUUGAUGCAGGUGGCGCGAAAAAUAUCACCCAACGUGGAGCUGUAUAUUCCUCGGAACUCUCGGCCCCACCAGAUUCUUUCUCUGGCUAACGAUGGCGGAACCGUGGAGAUCGAGGAGAACUUCCUGGGCAGAGGGCUACAUAACGAAUACGACAUCGAAACAAUGCUCGAGCCAAGGCCAGCCUCGGAGUUGAUGCAGGUGGCGCGAACAAUAUCACCCAACGUGGAGCUGUAUAUUCCUCGGAACUCUCGGCCCGACCAGAUUCCUUCACUGGCUAGUGAUGGCGGAACCGUGGAGAUCGAGGAGAACUUCCUGGGCAGAGGGCUGUGUAACGACAGUGGUCGUCGUAAAUGUGGACAGAAGGACAAUAUUCAGUUACGGCGAAACACGAUGCAAAAGUUGCGAUCGACAUUCGUGUUGGAUGUCCACGAUUACAUUGAGUUUGCACCAACUGUCAAAGCUGAUAUGGUCUUCCUCAUCCUGCCGGAAAUAACUCCUUGCUUAGAAGCAAUCCGAGGUAGUAUUCCGAGAAAAUAUAGUAGUCUUCAGAAUUGGAGAAUCAAAACGGAGGAGCGUAUGCCGCCCGAAGUGGAGGAGGACCCCGUACUCCACAAAUACUGGCGCAAGAGGCACAUCCUCUUCCACAGGUUCGACGAAGGCAUCAAGUUGGACCGCGAGAGCUGGUUCAGCGUGACCCCGGAGAACGUGGCGAGCCACAUAGCGAACAAGUUCCGCUAUGAUGUUGUCUUGGACGCGUUCUGCGGUGCCGGCGGCAACACUAUACAGUUCGCACGAACGUCCAACAAAGUAAUCGCGGUCGACAUCGACCCAAGGAAAAUUGAAAUGGCCAAACAGAACGCCAAAGUUUAUGGAGUUCUGGAUAAAAUUCAGUUCAUUGUCGGCGAUUUCUUUGAGUUAGCAUCCCAACUGAAGGCCGACAUGGUCUUCCUCAGUCCGCCGUGGGGAGGUCCAUCGUAUUCCAAACACAACGAAUACGACAUCGAGACAAUGCUCGAGCCAAGGCCAGCCUCGGAGUUGAUGCAGGUGGCGCGAAGAAUAUCACCCAACGUGGAGCUUUAUAUUCCUCGGAACUCUCGGCCCGACCAGAUUCUUUCUCUGGCUGAUGAUGGCGGAACCGUAGAGAUUGAGGAGAACUUCCUGGGCAGAGGGCUAGUAGCCAUAACGGCAUACUACUGUUACAAUCGAUCAUGA